AGAGCUCCGCAAAUGUAGCGGCUCCGGUGCGCGUGGUCGGGCCGCCUGUGGGAGCUCUUCGGGGGCAUGUGGUUCUUCCUCCUGACCCUGGCCCGUCAAUGAAAAAAACGGAGCGAGCGGCGCAGGCAGGGCUCGGGAUGCACAACCGGACAGUCCGCUUUAGGGGCAAAAUACAGCACCUUUAUCGAUGAACAUGGACUAAAAAACGGAGUGUGUGGGUUUUCCGCAGUGUACGCCGAUGUGGCCGCUCACCGAGUUGAAAACAUUUGGCCUGUACUUUGACUUUUAUUCGCUUUUCACACAUCUGUAAUGAUGCGGGCUGCGCACUGGAGGAGAGCCGUUGCUGCUAUUGUGCUCUCUCUUUUCGGAUACUUUUACUCCACUGUCGCCAAAACUGUGCAAGAGGACACCACCAGCGAAGAAGUGACGCUGAAGGUCCACCUGAGUGAUGCCCACACACACCAGCCUCUGGGCGGAGUCACUGUGCAGCUUUUCGCCAACCACAGCCUGGUCGCCACGGAAACCUCCUCCUCUGACGGUAACGCCCACCUGCGCUUCCCAUACCGUCUUGGGACUACACUGGUCGUCACCGCAACCAAUCAGGGAUAUGUGCCCAACUCUGUGCCGUGGACUCCCGCGAGACUGCCUGUAUUUUCCUCCAUCAGCCUGGACCUGUUACCAGAAAGAGCUGCUUCUCUGAUGGUCUAUGACGAUGUGAUAGAGAUUGUCUCAGACUUUCACGGUUUUAAGGGCCAGCCGAGUGUCCACUUCCUGCGGAGAGCCCUGAGUCUUCCUCCAAACUCGUCCUAUUCAAACCUGACUGCUCUCCUCACUGUGGCCAGCUCUCCCUCUCAUCUACAACACUUCCCUUUUCUGCAGGGCCUCAGAGGCAACGGCACAGGGUCUGAGAGGAGGUUCGACUUGACUCCGAUUGCUGCGGUCUCUGUUCAUUUAUUAGCCAGUGACGGUGUGGAGCUGCAGGUGAAUGAGCCAAUCACAGUCUCCAUCCCGCUCCCUGCAGACAGUGGCCUUAAGGAAAACGACCACGUCCCAGCCUGGAGAUUUGACCCACGAUUAGGGGUCUGGAUAAAGAGCAGUUGGGGUCACGUGCAAAAGGAAGGAGACCAGCUCAUUUUGACCUAUAUCGCCCCUCAGCUUGGUUACUGGCUCGCUGCAAUGUCCCCACUACACACAGGUCCAAUGAUUGCCAAAGACAUUAGUAUGUACCACACUGUGUUUCUCCUGGCCAUUCUGGGGGGAAUGGCUCUCAUCCUUCUCUGCUUGUUCUGCCUCCUGUUGUACUACUGCAGGCGCCGAUGCACAAAAUCUCGAGGCUCUCACAGAAAGUUUGUCUUGGCUUCUGGUUUGGACAACAGCAAAAGAGACCAGGCCACCUCCAUGUCCCACCUCAACCUAAUCAACAAUGAGGUGCAAUUGGAGCUCGUCUCCACUGCUACAGAGCCAGACAUGACCACCCCGAUACUAAAGCCUUCGUCUUUCGAUCCCCACGACAGUCGCCCCCCACACGGCCUCCUACACCCAACCAAACACAGCCGCUCGUCUCUAGGUAACAGCCGGCAUGGGUCGUCUCUCGGCAACCUCACCCCGCGCAGCAGAGACUAUCGUCAGUCUGCGGAAACAUUUCAACUUAAGACUGCACUUCCAUGUGGGACAGACCGAAGCUACCGCCAAUCAUACACCUCCGUCUGCUCCUCCACAAAUCCCGUUUCAGAUAGACUAUCCAAUCAGGGCCAAGUGUCCAUUAACCAGCUCUGUAGCGCUGGGAAUGUUGAUUGUAUCUCCCCCUCCUCCCCUCCUCACUCUCCAAGCCGAGGGGAGCCAGCUGAGUGUCGACCCCAAGACUACCUCCUAUCCCGAUCAGUGGACAACUUGGAACGCCCCCUCACUCCUUCUCUCUCCAGACCAAGCCAAAUCCUCUGCUGUGGCUCUGUGGACUUGCUAAGUGGAGGUGAGGGCUACUCCAGAGUGCGCCCCACGCUGGUGAUCCCUGCACAUUACAUGCGUCUACCUGGGGAGCACCCACUAUCAGGGCAAGCUCUUCUCCUUCAAACUGAUGAGCAGAGCGACUUAGAAACCAUCCAAGCUGAACUAAACGCGUCCCAUUCCCAACAGCCCCUCGGACAAUCUCCGACAGACUGCAUUCCAGGGUCUACGAAAAAGACUGAAGCGGAGGGGCGGGGCUUGUCGGACUCGCUGUCCAUCCCUACCGCCAUUGGAGAAACAGGACUUGUCGAAAUCAACAGUGAGGACACUUUGCUUGCAGAAAAAACUCUAAUGGAGCUCAGAGGAGGCAAGCCACUACCACACCCGCGCGCAUGGUUCGUUUCACUUGACGGACGCUCCAACGCUCACAUUCGCCACUCAUAUAUUGAUCUACAGAGAGCGGGAUGCCAUAGCGGACCAGUAGGGGGCAGUACUAGUGGUGGAGGGAGGCAUAGCAAGAGCAACGAUGCCAGCUUGGACUCUGGCGUGGAUCUAAAUGAACCCAGAGUAGCGAAAAGAAGAGGGGAGGUAGACAAAGAGGAGAAAGAAUCUAUAAAAGAAAAAACUAAAGGCACUACACCUGCGUCUGUCUACACACAACUGGUUUAUGUGGAUGAUAUUGAAGUAGCAAGCAGUAGUGAGGAUCCUACAACAUGUGGUCCACAAAACAGCUCACUUGGGCCCACUGAAUCCACUACAGUCCCUGGUCUUAAUAAAGCAGAAGAGCAACAGCAACCACUCUCCUCUACAUCGUCUCCUGCUUCAUCCCCUCAUCUUUUGCCCUCUCCUGAAGAAGUGACUUUAAGGACUGAUACACUUCUUUCUCCCGAUGAAGACACAGCACACGAGGAUGGAGAGGAGGAGAAAAAGAGCCCGUGGCAAAGGAGGGAAGAGCGUCCACUCCUGGCGUUCAAUCUGAAAUAAUGCAGGACAACCACUUUGUUUUAAAUGGUGAAUGAUAAAUGUAAUUGACAUCUUAUGAACAAUAUGUUGGCAAUUUAUGCACAACAAAAACUAUGCCUUUGUAGAAUGAUGUUUUGGAGAGUUUCAACUUUUAUUCUUCACAUUUUUAGCUUGAGCCAUAUUGGUCUCAUUCAGUUAAAGGUGUCCUAUGUCAUUUUUCCAGUGGAGGGUUCGUCAUUUGCUUGUCUCCGUGAAGAUGUUAUUGGUUUGAAUGUUCCACAGUAGAGCAUUAAACUUGGCUAUCGCUACCACACAAUAAGAAUGCAUGUUUUUUGAAGUAUUUUUGAGGAAUAAAAACACAAUUGAAUACAUGCAAAAUAGAUAAUUUCAUGCCAUACUGUGGAAUAUUUUAGGCUAGAGAAUAACAUCAUGCUGGCGACCCCCCACCAGAAAAGUUACAUAGUGCACCUUUUAAUUUUAUUUUUUAAGUUUUCUUUUAGACAUUUUGCAGGUGACUGAAGCACUUGCAUUGCAAAUCUAGAGGCUGCAUGAAACAAAUGUUUACUUGAAUUACCAGAGGAGACAUUUCUCAAAUCAAACCACUUUUCUUUCUACAGCCUUGUCAGAUUCUGAAACUCUUUAAUUAUUACACCACUAUAAUUGUAAUUAUACCAAAUACCACUGCAAGCUCACUAAAUAUGAAGGUCUUUGUAGAAGCUGAACCAGUGCUUUAAUCGCCCCAACUAUGCACCACUAUUAUAUGGCUGCUUGAGGUGUUUGUUGUUGUUUUUUAAUGUUAAUUAUUGUGUGUUUAAUUGCUGAUGCCAACAUAAAGUAUUUACACAUAUUAUUUAGUAAAAUUGUAUGCUAAGGGCUUUUUCUUGUGCACUCUUCUUUUCUUGUUACACACACAAACAUAAAUUACCUUGAACUAAAAAUGAGCUUGCUGUUUCGUGGUGCAGCUUGAUCCCUCAAGUGCCUUUUUUAAUCAACAUCACUGCAGCAGGUUUGUGGAUGUAUUUCUUUAUUUUCUUUUUAAUCUUCCGUCUUUUAUUCCUCUACCUCGUGCCGCUCUGAUUGCGUCUAAGGCAUGCAGUAAACCACUACAGCACUAGCAACAGAUUCCUCUUAGUCAUAGCAACAAUUCACCCUUAACCCUUAUUUUAAACUUUUAUGUUAAUCUUGUAUGUGCAGAGAUGUACAUUUGAGAUGCUGCAAGGUGGAUUUUUUUAUAAUUUGUUUUUUAUUGUAUGAGAGUCACAGGCCACAUUGAUUGUAACCCCAGUUACUUAUUUUCAGCUGUUUAAUACUGUGCAGAUUAAAGGUCUUUCUCUAUCUUACACCAGUCUCCAAGUUUGAAUAUACACAUGCUUUACAUUAGUCUGAAUGUGUAAAUGAAUCACUUGCAUUAUAUUUGAAGCCUGUUAUUCUAAAUAAAUAAAUACAACAAUGAAAU